AACUUUCGUUGUUAAUCUAAAAUCUUAGGCGGAUUAAAUCCACUAAUCUCGUGUAAGCUGCAACUUAGUCAAGCAUGUGGACUGUCUAAAUUACAAACAUAUUUAUUCAAAUGAAGUACAAUAUAUUUAAACAACAUUUUAAGUAUUACUUUAAAGGAAAAUGAAGUUAACUUAGAUAAAAUGACAUAGCAUUGUUCUUUGUGAUUUUUUUUAAUUCUGUUUAAAUGAAUUCGCUGUUUUCACGGUAAACAUAUAUUAAAAAUGGAAUAUCCGAAACCCAGGCUACUUAGUUAAGAGAGCAGCUAGCCGGUAGCAUUAAGAAAGAAGCUAUCAACUCGCAUUAAGACAGAAGGUAUUCCCUCCAGACACGAUGGAUAAGAUGAGCGUGUCAAUGAGCACGAAAUCUCGUGCAUCAGUGACGACGAUAGAUGACUCGGCGUUUUCUAUGGUAGCUGCAAUAGAUAUAGGAACAUCUCACUCGGGAUAUGCUUAUGGAAUAAGACGGGAGUUAGAUGAAAACAUGGACAGUGUUAUAAUGAAUGGACACUGGAACGGCCUUGAAAAAUCUGUGGCAACAUUCAAAACCCCUACCCAUCUAUUGCUGAACGAAAAGCGGGAAUUCGAGGCGUUCGGUUACGAGGCAGAAAAGCGUUAUUCAGAAUUGUACCAACAAGGCCGUCAUCAGAGAUGUUAUUUUUUCAGGCGUUUCAAAACAAAACUGACCAGCCAGGUUAUCAAAACAUCGAUGAAUUUAAAAGAUGAGAAUGGGAAACCAAUUCAGGGAUUGAAAGUAUUUUCAGUCACCAUACGAUACCUUAAAGGUCAUCUUUUAAACGCUCUACGCAUGCGCGGAAGGGAAGUUGCGACGGAGGACAUUAAAUGGAUGGUGACUGUACCGGCAUUCUGGAACGAUGUCUCGAAACAGUUUAUUAGACAAGCUGCUAUUCAAGCCGGUAUACCUGGUGAGCGGUUAAAACUUGCUCUAGAAGCGGAAGUUGCGUCAGUUUACUGUCAGAACAUGAAAGGUGUCGGCAAAUUACCUAUACAUUCUGUCGGAACAACGUACGUUGUGGCUGAUCUCGGAGGGGGUACAACGGACGUUGUAUUUCAUGUCAAGAGACAGGAUGGCCGGAUUAAGGAGAUGAAUAGAGGUGGUGGUUGUACAGCGGGUUCCGGACAUAUUGACAACGCUUUCCUUCAGUUUCUAGUUCGAGUAUUCGGUGCGCCGGCAGUUAGGGAGUUUUUAGACGAAAGCAAAGUUGAGCUUUUGGAACUGCUGCGUGACUUUGAAGGAAAUAAGUGCCAAUUGACAACUAAUCAUAAAACACCUCUAUCUGUACGGAUACCGGUCGGGCUUGAAAGAAUCUGUCGUAAAAUCCAUAAAGGUGAGACGAUGACUUCUCUGUUUACAAAGUCGGUUUACAGAGAUAAAGUAAAGGUGUCCGACAAUAAGAUGCAUUUUGAACCAUCUUUGUUCUACGACUUCAUUCGGUCUGCCUGUAUUGACAUUGCGCGAUGCAUUAAAUCUGUUUUGUCGGAGAAAAACGCCAAAGACUGCAGUAAUUUAAUCUUAGUCGGCGGAAUGGCUGGUUCAAAUGUGGUUCAGGAAGUAUUGAAGAACGAGCUCGAGGGGAAAACAAACAUUCAACGAAUAGUAGUUCCGCCGGAACCGGAACUUUCGGUUCUUAAGGGUGCGGUUAUGUUCGGACAUCAACCACGAAGUAUAUUUCAACGAGUGAUAAGAUAUACGUAUGGUCUGCGAAAAGCAAAGCUAUUUAACCCGGAUGUACAUCCACAGGAUAGGAUGGUCACCCUUCAAGGAAUGGAUUUUGUUACGGAUGUGUUCUGUCCUUUUAUAUCUGCUGGUUCCCGCGCACCUGUUGGGUUCAUGUCUUAUGACUCAUUGACAACGAUAGAACCAUUCCAGAAAGUGAUAGAAAUAGACGUAUACUUUUCGUCUGAUCUGAAUCCGACCUACGUUACAGACAAGAACACGUGGAUUCUAGGUAAAAUAGAAUAUCAAGUCCCUAAUCCGUCUAGGGAAGAGAGAACUAUUUAUAUUGAAUUUAUCUUCGGAGAUACGGAACUUAUAAUCAAUAUAACUGACCGCAAAACAGCUUCAAGGUUUAAAAAUACCUUCCCGGAAAUUGAAAAAUGAGAGAAAUAAGUUAAAUCAGUGUCGUAUUUAACGGUCAGUCACAUCGUUCAGUGCGUGAACUUGAGUGCAUGUAUUAGUUACCAGCACUCCAGUCACCGUACUGUCUGUCGGGGACAGAAAUAGGGUAUGCUC